AUGGCCACUCCAACAAAACUCUCGGGCACGCUGGAUCGGGUCUCAAGCAUUACCAGCAGAGUGUUCUCUAGCUCUUUCCCUAGCGCAUCUCCCAUCGCACAGGAAUCUCUGGCCCGAGAUCUUGCAGAAGACACCGACUCAGACGCUAUGGUCUCGGACGACGAUGAAUCCGAGAGCUCGACUUUACGUCCUUCAACGUCUGCUCCCGGCGGAGGAUACUCUUUUGUUGGAUCAUACAGGAGACCCAGCUUUGCGGGGGCUGGAAAUAGAGCCACUGUGCUUCCACAAUUUGUACGGGAGCAUGACAGACUAUCUAAAGAAGAGAGAAAACAAGCAUUGGAGGAAGAGAGAAGCCUGCUGCGAGACAACAAUAUCAUUCCCCCUAAACAUCCACUGGCCGAGGACAGUGGACGAAGAAAGAGCCUGUUUGGCAGCUACCUCUCUAUUCCCGGCGGAGAUCGCAAGGCCGGUCGAGACGAGGAAGCUGCUCCUGCAUCCGAUGGUGUAGCCGGAGUCGCUUCGGAGGUCUCUCCUCUCCUCGGAGACCCAAGCCUGCCUUAUGGCGGACAGGACGACCCAGAGACCCUCGACGCAAAAUGGGAACAGGCCGUUGCCGCCGGCAUGAUCCAUACGACCUGGCAGCGCGAAGCCAAAGUCAUUGCCGCUUACUCCGCGCCGCUGAUGGUCACAUUUGUCCUGCAGUAUUCCUUGACCGUCGCCAGUAUCUUCACCGUGGGACAUAUCGGGACGGUCGAAUUAGGUGCUGUGAGUCUUGCAUCCAUGUCGGCCAACAUCACCGGCUACGCAAUCUACCAAGGCCUGGCCACAUCGCUCGACACGCUCUGUGCACAGGCCUACGGAUCUGGGCGCAAGAAACUCGUUGGCCUGCAAAUGCAACGGAUGGUUUUCUUUCUAUGGACGAUCUCCAUCCCGAUCGCCAUCGUCUGGGUGCUUGCCGAAAAUAUCCUUCGGGUGAUUGUCCCAGAGCCUGCGGUCGCUGAACUAGCAGGGCUAUAUCUGAGGGUUGUUUUGUUCGGCGCUCCUGGAUACGCAGCAUUCGAAGCAGGCAAACGGUUUGUGCAAGCCCAAGGCUUGUUCUCGGCGUCGUUGUACGUCCUCAUCGUUUGUGCGCCUUUCAACGCUUUCUUGAACUGGCUCUUGGUUUGGAAAUUCCAGCUGGGGUUUGUCGGUGCUCCUAUCGCGGUGGCAAUCACGGACAACCUCCUACCACUGGGUCUGUUCAUCUACGUGCGCUUCUUCUCCAAGACCGGCAUGUCAUGCUGGAACGGCUUUACCAAGAAGGCAUGGCAGAACUGGGGGCCGAUGGUGAAACUGGCGUUGCCGGGUGUGGUGAUGCUCGAGGCCGAGGUUCUGGCAUUCGAAGUGCUCACAUUUGCCUCCUCAUACUUCGGCACCACAAUCCUUGCUGCGCAGUCUGUCCUGGCCACUCUCACCUCCAUCACUUUCCAGAUCCCCUUUCCGCUGUCGAUCGCGGGGUCUACGCGUGUCGCGAAUCUCAUUGGCGCCACCCUCGCCGACGCAGCGAGAGUCAGCACGCGCGUUACCUUUACCGCCGCCAUCGUCGUGGGCAUCAUGAACGUGACCCUCCUGUCUUCGCUCAAGGACUACAUCCCGCACCUGUUCACCUCGGACCCGGAAGUUGUCCGAGUUGUUUCGAAGAUCCUGCCUCUCUGCGCUGCGUUCCAGCUCUUUGACGCGCUCGCGGCCAACUGCAACGGCGUCUUGCGUGGUCUCGGCCGACAGGAAGUGGGCGGCUACGUGCAGCUGUUCUGCUACUAUGUGGUCGCCAUGCCCAUCAGCUUUGGCACCGCUUUCGGCCUAGGCUGGGGUCUGUGGGGUCUGUGGACCGGCGUGGCCAUCGCCCUGGGGCUGGUGGCUUUGAUCGAAUUUAUUUAUCUCUAUCGCACGGACUGGCAGCGGAGCGUGGAGGAGGCCCGGGCGAGGAACCAGGAAGGCGGUGCGUGA